ACAGAAAUCCAAGAUUGCAACAUGCCUGUGAUUAAGCCACCUAGUUCCCCUUUCCCAGCCGUACUAAAGAAAAACAAACAGAGGAAAGGCAAGCUACUUGGAGGAAGCAGAGGAAGUCUUCUCCUCCUGUGAUUGGUGGGCAACUGACAUGUGACUCACACUGCCCUUCUGCUCAGUGUUGCUCUUCUCUCGUGCUCUGUGAGAGGAAGCACGAGAGAGAGAGAAAUGGACGUUGGAGGGAGAAAGCCAGAGGGCCAGGAUGACGGAGAAGGCAGCGGCAGAAUGGAGAUCAAAUUAAUCCUGAUUCAGAUAAAAACUGCAGAAACCUUGGGGGUAACUGUUGUCCCUGAUACCAUACAUAUCCAUGGGGUAGUUGCGGACAAAGGCACCUUCAUCCACGCCAGUGGUAGAAAAAGGAAAGAGGUGACAUGCUCCAAAGGAUACUAUCUUCACCCAAAUGGAACCCACUGCUGCCUUAGAUGCCAUAAAGGAACUUAUGUAGCACAACACUGUUUAAACGAGGAUAAAGCAACUAAGUGCUUACUAUGCCCUCAGGGUACCUACUUGCCUGAAGAUAAUUAUAUGGACAAGUGUUUCAGAUGCCAAGGCUGCCGUUCAAGUUUUGGACAGAUACCAGUAUCUGACUGUACCAGUGAGAAAGACACUGUUUGUGGUUGUGGCAAUAAACAGUAUCGAAGUAACGACAAUCGUGAAUUCUUUUGCAAGGACUGCAGUGCCUGUCUUAAUGGAAAAAUCAGGAAAGAAUGUACCAAAUCAAGUGACACGAUAUGUGAAUGUCUCCCUGCAUUCUUCCUCCGGAAAGGUGAAAAUAACUGCACCUCAUGCAGCAGCUGCAAUGAGGGAGAAUGCAAGGAACACUGUCGCUUAGUGAAUUCAGUAACAAGCCCUCAAAAUUCCUCAGAAAUCACAUUUAUCCUUGGCUCGCUGGUCAUCCUCUUUGGAGCUGCCUCUGUAUUUCUAUUGAUAAGGAAAAUCAGGCCAUCUUGUCAGAGGAAAUUGAAUGCCAGUUCCUUCUUGUGUUCUUCAAGUCAGCAGCCAACAAGAGAACCUUCCUCAAAGGCAGUAGAUAAUGACUUCUUUCCUGAAUCAAUCCAGACAGAAGGACUGUUGCCACAGAAAACCGCGUCAGCAUCACUCCCUGUUCAGCACCUACCAGACUGUGUAAGAGCAGCAGGAGAGACACAGAUCCCAGAUCGUCCUGAAGUUUUGUAUACUGUGGUAGAUCAUGUACCAGUGUCUCGGUGGAAGGAAUUUGUUCGGCGCCUGGGACUGAAUGAAAAUGCAAUAGAGAGAACUUAUACGGAACACCGGCACAUGCGGGAAGCACAGUAUGACAUGCUGAGACAAUGGAGGCUGCAGGCAGGCCAUGGUGCCACUGUGGAGCGCAUCAGUAAUGUUCUCAACCAAAUGGAGAUGAGUGGCUGUAGUGAGGCUAUUCAGGAGAUCCUACCCAAACAGCCCUAGAUAUUUUACUUUCUUUGCUACCUCUACAACAGGCAUAAGUACUCAUUCACACCAUGCAUGUUCAUCUUUUGAUGACUAUAGCAUCCUGGGGAUUUGUGCGUUUGAAUGAGACAUUACACCAUAAAAAGAACUCAUAGAUUAUUACCCCCAACACAAUAUUUUUCAAUGGAGGAAGAUCACUAUCAUGCAUGAUUGAGUAAUCCAGCAAUAUGUAUGUGAAACAGUUCUAAGGUCUCCUCUCCAUGUGAAGUCCAGGCCAUGCUUUCAGAGUCGGAUUUUGACCUCCUUUCACUUGUCCUUUUACAGACAAAUAGUAGAGACUGAACGCAGGUCACUUUGUCAAAUGCUCUGCCUUAUAGGACUUGUGAGGAUGUCUCUUAAAUGAGUACUUUCAACUUUUUCUGAUCCAGGACUUCCUUUUAAUUCCAACCAGUUUUAGCUUUUAUAUGUACAUGCCCAUGUUUCCAUAUUCUCUCUCUCUCAUUCUCUCUCUGUGUUGUUCUGCUUCCAGCUUGUGUUCUCCAAGGCAUGUGUACACUACAGACAUACUGGUUUAACUGUUAUUCCUUCUCUCUGUGGAACCUUUGGGAAUUGCUUUGGAGUGAGGGAGAGAUCACUAGCUGUCAAUUUUUAGCUCCUGUAAUUUAGGAAUUAUAUGGGGUUUUUCCUGUCAGGAAGGCAUUACAGUUCAACCUGUAUAGAACUAGCAUAAAUGUGUAGUCAUAUAACCAAACUAAACUGUCUCCCCCACCAUUUUCUUCUCUCUCUCUCACUCUUUGUUUUAAAUCAAAUGUUGUGGGGCCACUGGUGCAACCCAUAUGGAUCCUAAACCAUUAGAGGAAAACAAUAUUGGCCUGUGAUCCUAUGCACACUUACCUAGGUGUAAGCGCCAAUGAACAUAGUGGGGCUUACUUCUGAGUGAACAUACAUAAGAUUGUACUGUCAGUCAGCAAAGAUUCCACUCUCCUAAACAGGGAAACAUUGCCAAGAGUUAGAAAGAAAGAUUUCAAUCUGAGAUUCAGGAAAAUGCCUGCAUAAUAGUACAAGUCAGCUCUGUCUGUAAAUAAAUUCACAGUUCAGGUUAAGUAACGCUGUUAAGUAUUUUGUAUAUACUUUUCUCGUUGUAUCUUUGUGUAAUCCUUUUUAUAACUGAAUGACCAAGUCUCUCUGAACAAAUACAGGAUGAGUGUUUUAUGUUUUCUUGAACACAUGUUGGUUCAUUCUACACUCUUGAUAUAAAUGACUGAAUUUGUAAUACAAAUUAAAAGCUGAAAGAAAAAGCA